AGCAGGGGGCUGUCCUUACUUGCUCUUCACUGAGAGGACUGUAUGUGGGAGGAGGCAGAGAGAGAGCUGGAGAAAAGAAGGGGCACAUGAAAGAAAAAGAGCAAGCAGGGAGCAAGCAGUAUGUGUGGUGUGUGAAGGAGAAUACAUCUGAAAUCCUGUGAGUGGUUUGCAUAGUUGCAGGCAGCCUCUUCGCCAGCCUCUCCUGCGCUGCACAACCUGGGCUAAGGGACCAUGCAGCAACCCUGGACUCUUCCCUGGCUCUGUGCUCUCCUGCUGGGGCUGAUGGGGUUCCUGGUGUCGGGCUCAGACUUCCAGCAUCACAAAUACGAGGACAUGGUACGAGCUCUGUUUGCAGUGCAGAGCGAAUGCCCCUACAUCACGCGCAUUUACAGCAUCGGGCACAGCGUGGAGGGUCGCCACCUCUAUGUCCUGGAGUUCAGCGAUAACCCGGGCAUCCACGAAGCAUUGGAGCCCGAGUUCAAGUAUGUGGGCAACAUGCAUGGCAACGAGGUGGUUGGGCGUGAGCUUCUCAUCAAGUUGUCACAGUUCUUGUGCGAGGAGUACCGAGCCAGAAACCAGCGAAUCAUGAGGCUGAUCCACGACACGCGCAUCCACAUCCUGCCUUCCAUGAACCCCGAUGGCUACGAAGUGGCUGCCAGACAGGGUCCGGAGUUCAACGGUUAUCUAGUGGGUCGAGGGAACGCCAGAGAAAUCGAUCUAAACCGUGACUUUCCGGACCUGAACGCGCUCAUGUACUACUACGAGAAAACCAAAGGACGAAACCACCACCUCCCCCUCCCGGACAACUGGGAGCAUCAGGUUCAACCAGAGACUUUGGCUGUGAUAAAAUGGAUGCAAAACUACAACUUUAUCCUGUCAGCGAAUCUUCACGGGGGAGCCGUGGUGGCUAAUUACCCCUUCGACAAGUCGAGAGAUGGCCGCGUUCGAGGACGGACCACCUAUUCGGCCACGCCUGAUGACAAGAUCUUCAGAAAGUUGGCGAGGACCUACUCAUACGCUCACGGCUGGAUGCACAAGGGCUGGAACUGUGGUGACUACUUUGAUGAGGGGAUCACCAAUGGGGCCAGCUGGUACUCGUUGUCCAAAGGCAUGCAGGACUUCAACUACUUGUACACCAACUGCUUCGAGAUCACUCUGGAGCUGAGCUGCGAUAAGUUUCCUCCGGCAUCAGCACUGCCGAGAGAAUGGCUUGGCAACCGGGAAGCGCUGGUUUCAUACCUAGAACAGGUGCAUCAUGGGAUAAAAGGCAUGGUGUAUGAUGAAAACAACAACCCCAUCAGCAAAGCAGAGAUCUCAGUAGCUGGCAUCAACCAUGACGUGACCGCAGGAGUUGAUGGCGACUACUUCAGACUUCUGUUGCCAGGCACUUACACUGUAACAGCCUCUGCGCCCGGUUACCUCCCUUUCACCAGCACUGUCACAGUGGGACCAGCUGAGGCCAUACAGCUUCAUUUUUACUUGAAACCAGCACCAAAACAAAACCUGAAAGUGAAGCCGCACCACGGCAGGAGGAACCUCUCGUCUCCUAAAGCCCCCUUGAAGCUCGGCCCAAGAUGAGGCAUGGACAAUCAUUUAGAUGGCACACAGUCAUAAACAAAUACACAGAAGAGCUCGUACAAAAAACAUACACAUGCAUACACGUAUGAAUUAUGUAAAUGAUACACGACCAUAACAUACCUUUGUAGUCCUAGCGUCGUCUAUUUCCUUUUUGGGUUUUGUUUUUCUGUAUCAAGAAACUGUUGAAAGGCUGGUGUAUUUAUGCAACAGUUUUAAUUUGUAUGAACACAGCUAGCCUGUAUUUGUAAAGGAUAUUUUUUUGGUUUUGAUUACAAUAAUUUGAUGGUAAGUGAAAAUGAAAUUAAAGAAAUGUUUUUACCAUC